AUGCGCUACGCAAAACUAAACAAUUUUGAACACAAUACUGUGUUCAUACACUAUGCAUCAUACACUAUGUAUCACACAUGUGAAUCAUACACUAUGCAUCAUACGUUAUGCAUCAUACAUGUGAAUUAUACGUUAUGCAUCACACAUGUGAAUCAUACACUAUGCAUCAUACAUGUGCAUCAUACACUAUGCAUCAUACACUAUGCAUCACACACUAUGCAUCAUACACUAUGCAUCACACACUAUGCAUCACACACUAUGCAUCAUACACUAUGCAUCAUACACUAUGCAUCAUACACUAUGCAUCACACACUAUGCAUCAUACACUAUGCAUCAUACACUAUGCAUCAUACACUAUGCAUCACACACUAUGCAUCAUACACUAUGCAUCAUACACUAUGCAUCAUACACUAUGCAUCAUACACUAUGCAUCAUACACUAUGCAUCAUACACUAUGUAGCAUACACCAUUUUCUUUCCUUUCAAUAUGUUUCCUUUUUUUACAUAG